AUGGCUGACAUAUCCAAGAAGGAAUUUGCUGAGCUUGCCAUUGAUGGCAGAAACUAUUUGACCUGGGCCAUGGAUGUCAAGAUCAACUUGGCGGCCAGGAAUUUGAUCAGCACUAUAACCACACCUACUCAAGGUGCUCCUGCUAUCGCAGAGACGGCAAAAUAUGCUUCUUUGCACUUCAUUCGACACCACCUUGAUCCUGCUCUGAAAGAAGAGUACAUGAUGGAGGAAAGUCCUCUAUCACUGUGGAACUCCUUAAAGGAGCGUUAUGACCAACAAAGGUCGGUGAUGUUGCCUGAAGCACAAAGAGAAUGGGCACUUAUCCGUUUCCAGGAUUUUAAGUCCGUUGCAGCAUACAAUUCUGCCGUGCAUCAAAUCAACUCAAAGUUGAGAUUCUGCAACAGUGCAGUUUCCGAUGCGGAUCUCAUUGAAAAGACACUCUCUACUUUCCAUCCUAAUAUGAGGAUUCUUGCUGAACAACAUCGUCAGCAGAAAUACAAGAAGCAUUCUGAGUUGAUAUAUGCACUUCUUCAGGCAGAAAAACACAGUGAAAUUCUCGAUAAGAAUAAUAUGUCCCGUCCAACGGGAACACUGCCGCUGCCUGAAGCACAUUUCAAUUCUCAGAAUACUCAGAAGUCCCGUGGUCCCAAAAGGAACCAUAGGAAGUUUAAAGGAAAGUGGAGAUGCAAUGAGAAUCAGAAUAGCAAUGGAGUACAAAAGGGCAAGAAUCAUUUUAAGAAAAAUGAUAAGGGUAGCAGCUCUCAAGCUUGCUACAGAUGUGGUUGUACUACUCAUCAUGCAAGGAAGUGUACAACUUCUAAGCAUUUGGUGACGCUAUAUCAGCAAUCAAUUGGCAAGAGCAAGAAGGCUCAAGGGAACUAG